AUGUCUUCCAAGCAAGCCGCCUCUCUUGCCUGUGCAGCUGAUGGAGAGGAAGCAAUGACCCAGGAUUUGUCCCGCUCGGGAAAAGGAGAAGGCAGCGACCAGCACGUGACCUCCCACCUGCCUCUUCACCCUAUCAUGCACAACAAACCUCACUCUGAGGAGCUACCAACUCUUGUCACCACCAUUCAACAAGAUGCUGACUGGGACAGUGUAAUCUCAGCCCAGCACAGAAUGGAAUCAGAGAAUACUAAGUUAUGUUCCCUCUAUUCCUUCCGAAAUACCUCUACCUCACCACACAAGCCUGACGACGGGGGUCGGGACCGAGAGAUAAUGACCAGUGUCACUUUUGGAACACCAGAGCGCCGCAAAGGGAGCUUGGCAGAUGUAGUGGACACAUUGAAACAGAAGAAGUUGGAAGAGAUGACCCGGACUGAGCAGGAAGACUCAUCCUGCAUGGAAAAACUACUUUCAAAAGACUGGAAGGAGAAAAUGGAAAGAUUAAAUGCCAGUGAGCUUCUUGGAGAAAUUAAAGGUACCCCUGAGAGUCUGGCAGAGAAAGAACGACAGCUCUCCACCAUGAUCACCCAGCUGAUCAGUUUACGGGAGCAGCUCCUGGCUGCACAUGAUGAACAGAAAAAGCUAGCGGCUUCCCAGAUUGAGAAGCAGCGGCAGCAGAUGGACCUCGCUCGCCAGCAGCAAGAGCAGAUUGCGAGGCAGCAGCAACAACUUCUGCAACAGCAGCACAAAAUCAAUCUCCUGCAGCAGCAAAUUCAGGUUCAGGGUCACAUGCCUCCGCUCAUGAUCCCAAUUUUUCCACACGACCAGCGGACACUGGCGGCAGCUGCUGCUGCCCAACAGGGAUUCCUCUUCCCCUCUGGAAUACCGUACAAACCAGGUGAUAACUACCCCGUACAGUUCAUUCCAUCAACAAUGGCAGCUGCUGCUGCUUCUGGACUGAGCCCUUUACAGCUCCAGAAAGGGCAUGCCUCCCACCCACAAAUUAGCCCAAGACUAAAGGGCCUAAGUGAACGUUAUGGCAGGAAUUUGGAUACCUUUGAACGUGGUGGUGGCCAGUCUUACAACCACAAAAAGAUUGAGCAGCUCUAUGCGGCCCAGCUGGCCAGCAUGCAGGUGUCACCUGGUGCAAAGAUGCCAUCUACUCCGCAGCCACCGACCACAGCAGGGGCGGUCUCACCUACGGGGAUGAAAAAUGAAAAGAGAGGGACCAGCCCGGUAACUCAAGUAAAGGAUGAAGCUGCACAGCCACUGAAUCUCUCAGCCCGACCCAAGACAGCUGAGCCUGCGAAGUCCCCAACAUCUCCCACACAGAGCCUCUUCCCAGCCAGCAAAACCAGUCCGGUGAACCUGCCAAACAAGAGUGGCAUUCCCAGCCCCAUUGGAGGAAGUCUGGGAAGAGGAUCCUCUUUAGAUAUCUUGUCUAGUCUCAACUCACCUGCCCUAUUUGGGGACCAGGACACAGUGAUGAAAGCCAUUCAGGAGGCUCGGAAGAUGAGAGAACAGAUCCAGCGGGAGCAGCAACAACAGCCGCAUGGCAUUGAUGGCAAGCUGACCUCCAUGAAUAACACGGGCCUCAACAACUGCAGAAAUGAAAAGGAGAGAACACGUUUUGAGAAUCUGGGCCCCCAGUUAACAGGGAAAUCAAAUGAAGAUGGGAAACUGGGCCCAGGAGUCAUUGAUCUGACCCGGCCUGAAGAUGCAGAGGGAAGUAAAGCCGUGAAUGGCUCUGCAGCUAAACUACAGCAGUAUUAUUGUUGGCCAACAGGAGGUGCCACGGUGGCUGAAGCCCGAGUCUACAGGGAUGCCCGGGGCCGGGCUAGCACCGAACCACACAUCAAGCGACCAAUGAAUGCUUUCAUGGUUUGGGCAAAGGACGAGAGGAGGAAAAUCCUUCAAGCCUUCCCUGACAUGCACAACUCCAACAUUAGUAAGAUUCUAGGCUCUCGCUGGAAAUCCAUGUCCAACCAAGAGAAGCAACCAUAUUAUGAAGAGCAGGCCCGGCUAAGCAAGAUCCACCUAGAGAAGUACCCGAAUUACAAGUAUAAACCUCGACCAAAACGCACCUGCAUUGUUGAUGGCAAAAAACUCCGCAUCGGAGAGUACAAACAGCUGAUGAGGUCUCGGAGACAGGAGAUGAGACAGUUCUUCACUGUAGGGCAACAGCCUCAGAUUCCCAUCACCACAGGAACGGGUGUUGUGUAUCCUGGUGCUAUUACCAUGGCAACUACCACACCAUCUCCUCAGAUGACAUCUGACUGCUCCAGCACCUCAGCCAGCCCGGAGCCCAGCCUCCCUGUCAUCCAGAGCACUUAUGGCAUGAAGACGGACAGCGGAAGCCUGGCUGGGAAUGAAAUGAUCAACGGAGAGGAUGAGAUGGAAAUGUAUGACGACUAUGAAGAUGAGCCCAAAUCAGACUAUAGCAGUGAAAACGAAGGUCCUGAAGCUGUCAGUGCCAACUGAGGAGUGUUUGCAGAAUCAAAAUGCUCGGACUGGGUUUUUUUCUUCUUUAUUUUUGUUUCCUGAACAAAAAAAAAAGUCUUAAAGAGCCCGCAUGCAUUUGUGGCUCCCCAAUUACAUCAGCAGAAUGGUCUUAAUUGUUUCAUAAUGUGUGAGACAGAUGGAGUUUUCCCUGAUUUUUCAUGAACUUGUGUUUUUUUUUGUUUGUUUUUUAUUUAGGUGAAGACAUAUAUUAAAUAUGAGACAUCGGGACUUGAAAACUUAUCUGAAUCCAUAGCUGUCUUACCAGUCUUAGUUUUUUUUUUUUUUUUGGUCUUAUUUUUUUUCUCUUUUGGAUGUUGAUAAAGGUUUAAGUUACUGUUUUUAGAUGGGGUUAAACAUUCUCACUCAGGUAUGCUGUGCCGGCCUACAGGUUGUGAAUGUGUUUUUAUUCUGAAUUAUGUUAGCAAACAACUGCAGAUUUCAUCUUGUGAACGCGAGCAGAAUGUCUGCGGGCACGCGAGCACGGCUGCGUGCAGAGCACUUAAAAAAGGCCUCUGAAUUCCAUUUUUCCAUGUGUAGAGUUAAACUUCUAAUGUGCCAAACUUUUUUCAUCACUCUUGAAUCUUAAAAAAAAAAAAAAGAAUUUUUUUUGAAAGUCUUAAGGGAGACACUGCAAAGUCUUAGACAAUCCUUUGGCAUCUUAAAAAAAAAAGGAUAACCACAGGUUGUAUUUUUUCCUUUUUUUUUUUCUUUUCCAGAAAAUGGUAAAGUACUCAGGAAUCUGGAGACAGGAUAUUGUAAGGAGUGAGCUUGGUUGCCACCAUGUAUGUACCCAACUGCUUUUGCCUCUCACUGUGCCAUCAGUGUGUGACAUGACAUGAUGUGACAUGAUAUGAUGUGAUGUCCACACAACAGAGCGAUCACCAGUUAUGAACAAGGCUGCUUGUCCCCAUGUGAGGCUGCCUCUCACAACCCCCAUUCCCCUUUGCCUUUAACCCUGGCAUUCAGUCUUAAACAUAUUUUCUCUUAAAUAAUUUAUUCAUUCCAGAAUGUCAAGGGUCCAAUGAUUAUUUAUUUUAAAAAGCAUUGUUGGUGGCAUUAACUUAACAAUCCUUAUUUUUACCCUUCUACCCCUAACUCCCCCCCACCCCUUUUUUUUUUUUGGUCCUCCAUUACCUGCUAUAGACAUGAAAAUGUAUGCAAGGAUUGUAUGUCCCCAGAACAUCUGGAAGCAUUUCUUAAACAUAAUGAUAAUUCAAGUUAAUUUUUUAAAGCCAAAAAUAUUCUUUACAGUAAGUAACUGGCUAUAGGGCUGUGUACUUGCUGCCCAGGUAUAGGCCCUUACCGCUGAGCAAGCCAACCUUCUGACUUCCCAUUCUAUGUCUGAAUUCUAUGGGAGCUGAUCUCAGCAGGGAGUGAUGAGACAGGCUUCAUUCAGGUUGCCAACUCCCCUCCCCCAAACAAGAAAGCCCAGGAGCCAACCCCUGUCCACGCUUGCAAGACCCACAAAGGAACUACUGGUGAAGAGUGAGCCAGUCCUGGCCAGCAGGACUAGUGAUUAUGUGGGGCUCAGGUUUGUUUAUAAAAUCCCAAAGACAGGGAAAAGUUACCCGACAGAGUCCAUAAUGCAAGUAGAGAUGUAAAUUGUGAGUCAGGAUGCAUUUGGGGAAUGAAAUGUAAGCUUUGAAGAAGCCAAAAGGAAAGGAGGAAAGGAAGGGAUCCCCUUGUGAAAAGUUCCUGCUUUUAGAACCAGGGAACCGAGAGUUCAUGGUUCGUGGGGAGGCAGAAGAAUUCUUUUGCCUGCCUCCUUCACCUACACAAAUAAGUCACCAUCUCUGCAGCAAGUGGGGUGCAGCCCAGCCCUUUGUGUGUGUGUAUGUGUGUGUGUGUGUGUGUGUGUGUGUGAGUGUGAGUGAGUGCCUGUGUACUUGUGUGUGCACAGAACAGGAGAAAAUAUGCAGAACUUAAUUCACUGGGCACAAGCAGCACCCAUUCCUGGAGAGGUCUCUUGCCUGGCUUUAGGGUCCCUAGGCAUCCAAUGGUACCAGCUCCCUCUUAGGUUCAACAACUCAGUUCUCUAUCCCCUUCUUCGAUUACAUGGUUCUUUUUGCCUCCCCCAUCCCUCCCUCCUCCCCAACUGUUUCCAUUUGGAAAGUCAAUGACCAGACCUGUUCAUUCCCAGUGGGACAAAAUACAAGCUCAUUACUAAGACAUAGGAACAGGGCUGUCAGAUUUCUUGAGCCAUCUCAUCCCUUGAAAGCAAGUAAAGGAUCUUUGUAUUUAUUUUCUCCAAACCCAAGGCCAUACCCAAUAGCAAUAAAAAGGUCUAGACCAGAGGAGCCUCAGCUCCAGGCUCCCAUUAGCUGGUGAGCGCUCUUUACAAGCUGAUAUAGGUACUGAUAGACAAGCUGUGUUCUUAACAUCAGUUGGGGAUCAGAACUUUGUUUGAAUACGUUUUUGCUCAGAAGAGGAGGAGGAUUACUUAUUAAAGAUGGACUAUUUAUUAUAUCGUCUUACUGACUUCUCCAGUUGGUCACCUCUCCUUAGUUCUCUUUCUCUUGCCCUGCCCCCCCUUCCCCAUUUCCCAACACCUUGCUUGCUCCUUCCUUCUUGGUUCUGUUGCAUAGGUAGAGUGCUGUAUGGCUAGCAUUGUGUCGUCUGUAAUUAAUUUUGCACAAAGGCAAACAUUUAGAGUAGUUGGUUAAUUUUGUUUUGUUUUUAUGACCAUGCCAAAAUGAUAUUCUGGGCUGGUGGAGAACAAAGGACUGUUCUUUAGGACUGAAACUUGAUUUUGCUCGUAGUACAAACACACACACACACACACACACACACACACACUCACAGAUGUUGUUUUGUAAGUGUUAUAAGCACUGGAUAUAAAUGGUAUUUUUUAUCACUUCUGACUAAUGUGAAACUGUUGUACGAAAAAUACAUGAACAAAAGUCAUCUGUUUCGACUCGUGUGGGCUUGCCCCGCAGUUGCCGGAUUUGAGUCAUUUUAUGUCUUGUUAUUUCAUUUAUUUAUGCAAAAUCCAUGCGUGUAUGAACACUUUGUUGGAGCCGCAGCCCCUGCCCGCCCGCCCGCCUCAGCGCUGGGGCUCGGUCACUUCUAGCCACGGUCUUCAAAAAUGAAAGGCUAUUCAGGAAGGAUCUGAUUGUAACCGUCUCAUUCAUUCAUUGGGUCAGACGGGAAGGUUGUCUCUGGAUCUCAAUGGUGCGCAUAAGCAAUUUAUUGUAUUUAUUAGCCAACUUUGGCUCUAAAUGUUGGUGGAAAUUAAGAAAGGACAAUCGUAGCGAUAGCUUCAUUUCACUUUUGUCGGGGCUCGAAACAAAGUCUUUUGAUGAAUCUACCAUCUCAUUUUAGAUUUUUUUAAAAGUGUAAAUAUAACAUAGGAAAUAGAAUUUUAUUUUUGGUUCAUGAAUAAUUAGUGAAGUAUAAGUUAUGUAUUUACUUUUUCUGUUCUGUAUCCAUGUAUGUUGGUCCAUAUUAAAAGCUGACAAGUCACUGUACCUCAUGCAAAUGCUGAAUUAUCAGAGUCCAGAGAGCAGUGAGAGCGCAGGCUUGGACCUAGAGCUGGGAUAGCAAGACCUCUCACUUGGGCUCUCACGGAAUUUAGAAGACACCGUCCACAGACACAGACUUAUUUUUUGUUUUUUUCUUAUAGAAAGUCGAUACAUUGAAAAUACCAAAUUUCCAGGAUAGCUGGUAGGAAACUCAAUUUGCUUUGUGAAUCCAAGCAGAAUGCAUGAAAAUAGUCCUGUUACUGUUUGAUAGCAGAGAGCAUGAAUAGCAUUUGGAAAGAAAAAGAAAAAAAAAAAAAGCUGUCAAGAUUAGACUCAUUAAUAAAGCCCCACCCCUUGCUCUGCUCCCACCAUACCCCAACACUGAAUAGUUUGAAUAAUAUGAGAUUCAUUAUUUCUGUGUCCAUUAGUUCAUGGUAUUGUCAUAUUGCAGAUGAAAAUGAUCUACAAAUUGUAAGAGGACUUAUGGGACUUUUCCCUAUCACUUGGAAUUGGGGCACCGGCAGGAAAUACUCUUUUUAACCAUUGUGCCAUGUAGUUAAUGGUGGGAUUAUAUAUAUAUAUAUAAUAUAUAUAUAUGUAUAUGUAUAUAUACGUACAUCUAUUCACAUACAUAUGCAUACGUCUAUAUGCAUAUGUGUGUCUGUAUAUGAUAUGUAUAUAUACACAUGUACAUAUUGCUUUUAUCCACAGACUUUGCCCCAUCCUCUGAAAUGAUAUAAUUAUGAGGGAGGAGGUGGGGUGGGAAGUCUGUGGACAAAAGCUGUCAGGCUAUUCCUGUGCUUAAAGAACAAAUGUGGUGUUUUUCUGUUUGGUACAAUUAUAAACCGUUUCUUGUUUUCAAAGAUACCCAGAUCAUGACAAAGUCUAACCCCAUCCACUCCCAUGGUCCUCCUUUGUGAAGCACUGGCCCUGGAAGAGGCUUGAUCUGAACCCCCCAGUGGGUCCUCCCACAUCUGGUUCCAGAGCUUAUCUAAGGAAGGACUGGAGAUGACUGCCUUUACAACCUGGGAUGCAUUAGGCCUGUCGAACACCAGGGUAUUUAUUUAUCAGAGGGCCAGCAAGUUACCUUGUAGUGUCAAAGCUGAGAUAAAAGACUGCAUUCUUUUCCUUUGGGGAAGUUGAGGGGUGAAGGAGUAGCAGAUUACUCCAAGCAUUCCCACCCAGGGCAAGGAGUGGAUGAGCCAUUCACAGGCCACCACUGUUCAGAGUAUGCCUCUUGGUCCCCCAGGAGAAACUCAUUCUGGCCCCAGCACCACAGUUUAGUUGCCCCCAGCCGCCCCUCCAGUUUGGCCUAAUUGUUUUGUAAGACGUAGUUUUCCCAAGUAGCUGACAAGAAAGGUCACAUUGCCAUUUGAGACCAUGCAAGAUGCCCUGUGCCCAGUGCCAUUGAAUUGCCCAAGAACUGCAGCUGGUUAAAUGUAACCUGAUGCUUUCCUGGGUCUUAAUUUUUUCAUACAAAAAGGGACAGGUGGUGCCCCCUCUCUGAGGAACCUUCCAUUGGUGUGCAUUUAAGAAUGGACUUGGCACUCACAUCCAUUCUUCUCAAAGAAUAAUUGUGUGUGCCCUCCUACAAAGCACUUGGUUUCAUCUCCUCCUUGUGUCACCCCCACCCCCACCCCAUCCUGACAUGCUUUUCUUAAUAAAUGAAUUCUCUCAGUGAUUCCUUUUGACCAUGUCCCAUUUUUCUUAUACUGUAUAAUGUUAGGACCCCAAGGUGAAUGUGAUAUAAUAAUUGAUCAUCAGAAAUAACAAUAUGCAAACACAUUUGUUUUCCCUUCCCCUUCCUUCAGGAGCUGAACCAUUUGUUCCUGAUUUCCUGCAUUCUGGAAGCUGAGGACUUUGGUUCUGAGGGUGGGGCAGAGUAAGGGCCUCCAG